CUGCGUGAUCCUUUUGCAGGUAUUCUAGAAUGCCUCGGGAAUUGUUGCCAACAGUUCUCUCUUCUAUUCAAGCUAGGAUUGAAGAAGGCUUUUUGUUCAGAAGUGACCAGAAUAUCCUAUUGGCAACCGCAAUCAACUGCUUGAGUGCAGCCUUGUCGGUCUCCCCGUUUUCAGUUGACGUCAGAGAUAUGCUUGUGGCAGAAGUAUCAGCAGGUUUCGUCAGUUCUCAGUCGAAGUCUGGCAUUUUGUCUACAUUGUUUCGAUAUUGUGAACCAGGAGUAAGCCCAGCUGUGGGCUUUGAGGCACUUCAGGCUGUCAGAUCUGUGGCACACAACUAUCCUAGCGUGAUGGUCUUGUGUUGGGAAAAGAUUUCUCUUUUAGUUAAUGGAUUCUUGACCUUCUCUCCUGAGACGAGGUCGUGGAGGGACAAUGUUGGAAACUUAAACGAGCCAAUUGGAGAAAAAGUCAUAACCGCGUCAAUCAAGGUUUUGGAUGAAUGUCUUCGUGCAAUCUCUGGAUUUAAGGGGACUGAAGAUCUUUCUAGUGAUAUAUCACUUGAUAGCCCUUUCACAUCUGACUAUGUCAAACUAAAAACAAUCUCAUCGGCUCCAUCUUAUGGGCCACAUGAUUGUGCAGUAAAUAAUGAUGGAGCUGAAAAGCUGUCAGGAAGUGAGCAGUGGCUGGAAGCAAUUGUCAGGCAUUUGCCUCUUAUCAGUCAGCAUUCUUCUCCAAUGGUGAGGGCUGCCUCAGUUACUUGUUUUGCUGGAAUUACUUCCACAGUUUUCUUUUCUCUGCCAAAGGAUAAACAAGAUUUCAUCCUGAGCUCUUGUGUUAAAACUGCAAAAAGUGAUGAGGUUCCAAAUGUUAGAUCAGCUGCUUGUCGUGCUAUUGGUGUAAUUGCUUGUUUUCCACACAUUUUCCAGAGUGCAGAGCUUUUUGACAAGUUCAUUUCUCCUGCUGUGCACAACAGUAAUGAUUCCUCAAUAUCGGUACGCAUAACAGCCUCGUGGGCUUUAGCUAAUAUAUGUGAUGCACUUCGCCACCAUGUUGAUGUACAUGGAUUUGAGAACUUCUCUUCAGUGAGUUCGCGGUCGAUCUCCUUGCUGAUGAACUGUGCUUUACACCUUACAAACGAUAAUGACAAGGUCAAAGCAAACGCCGUAAGAGCAUUGGGUAACCUUGCAAGAGUUGUUAGGUUUUCAAGUCGAUCGUGUGCUUAUGAUAGGCAAGCAGAUUCAAUGGUCGUAUCUUCUGAGGCCAAGCCCACAAAAGAUUUGUCCGUUUGCGAGGAUCUGGGAGGUUGUCCAAGUGCACAUAACACUCCCUUGGAAAAUUUUAAAUGGCUUGAGAAGAUGGUGCAGGCAUUUAUUUCAUGUGUUACAACUGGAAACGUUAAGGUACAAUGGAAUGUUUGCUACUCAUUGAGCAACUUGUUUUCCAAUCCAACAUUGAAGCUGGAAAACAUGGUUUGGUGAGUACUUCCUAACCUUGUCCUAAUCUUCUAUUUAGCAUGUCUUUGUUUUCUAUUGAUGUUGGAUGGCCAUGUCAUUAUGCCUAGAGAUGUUGGAUGGCUUUUGUUACACGAUUCAGUAUUUGGCAUCCUCGUCCUCAAAAACCCAUGUCAACUUAACAGAAACAUUGCUAGGUAAAUUGGUUUCAGAUUGUGGGAGUUACAUGGAUAUAUCCAACCUGGCGAGCCAAAGAGGAUGAAUGGAUAAAGUUGAGGACCAAGUUGAUUAUCUCAUCUCUUGGGUUCCUUAAUGAAUCUCAUCCAAGGCCUUUUUUGGGUUUUAGUGCCAUAAGUAGAAGAGAGUAUAGACGAAAAUAACAUCUACAAGUUUCAUAAGAGAGGACCUGGUUACUUCUAUGGGUCUGAUUAUAUAAGUGGAUAUUAGCAAAUUCAAGCACCAUU